GUAUCCGUGCCGCGACGUCUCCGUCCCCUUUCCGUAACGUUUAUGAAGCAAAUAUACGGGAUUUUUCAUUGUAAUUGCCUUUUUAACGAUGAGACUGUUGUCUUUUAAAAUAAACACUCGCUCGUUUGGUGAUCCUACUGAUCCUACCAACCCUACUUUCGCUUGACGCAUCGGUGUGUCGGAGCAUCCGCACCACAAACGGCGGCAAAGACAGGCGGACGCGAGUCGAGCAGCGCGAGAAUGGAGCGUGAGGCUGGGUCUUCAGUGGACGGUGGGACGGAAGCGGUGACAUUUUACAAUAAUCCCACUUUCGGGAACUUGCUGCGCACCUCUGCCGAGAUCUCUGAGCUUAUACUCAGUUUUAUGAGCUGUCGCGAGCUGGGUGUCUGCGCCCAGGUUUGCUCUCUCUGGAACGCCACUGCGAAACGUCUGAAGAGCAAACGCAGCGGCGUAGUGUACAGCUUUGAGCCUCUGAAGCGUAAGCGCAGAGUAGAUUCUCGAGGGGAACACAGCAGGGACUUUCCUGGGAAUGAAGCGAAGAGCUUCGUCCAGAGCAUAAAGGAUGCAUGGUCUGAGCCAGGACACGCAUUGGUCUUUGGCACCCGGUUAUUGCACCGUUACCUGUCUCCUCCACAAAAGACUUCCCGGCGCAGACCAGGUCAAGUUCAACACUGCAGCGAAGAUGGCAUGCAUGCCUUCACAUCAACGUCGUCUCGCGUCUCUUUGCCAGCGUCUCAGCAGCACAGCCAUGGCACCAUUGAUGCAGUGACUGAACAUGUGGCAAGUCUCCUUCCUCCCCCGUGUUUCCUGCUGUUUGGAGCUGCUGGAGGAGUCAUCGGCAUGAAUGCCUCAGAGUGCCCUAUUGAGCUGGAACGUGGAGAAGGGGUCUCUGGAGUCCUGCUGCCAGCCAGGCUGCCUGAGGGCGUGCGUGUGCGACCUUUUAUGGUGCGCAGGGAUCACGUCAGCCGUCAGAACAGACCCGUUGACUGGUUUGCCACUGAUACGUUCAAAAGCCUUGUGGGCCUUCCAGUGGGUGAAGACGCAGUGGAUGUCAAGUGUGUGUUGUGGUUCACUGUCAGUGAUGUGGCAUUUGGUGAAAACUAUCAGUUGAUGUAUGACAUGGUCACAGAUGUUGUGGCCAGCUGUGGCAUGCGGCGCUUUGCUCUCGGAGGAGCUGUCCUUGAGCAGAUGGCUGUAAAUAAUGGAUUGAAAGGUGCUGAUCAUGCAGUCCUGUGUGCCGGCUUAUGCUUUUCUGGUGAUUUGGUACGUGCUGCAUCAAAAAUAGUUGCCCCAACUGUGAAAGGGGCAGAGAGAGUCGAGCGGGAGUUGACGAAGUUCCGGCUUGACUCUGGCUUUGACAGUUGGGACAAGUCCUGUACAUUUGGUUACAUGUUUGCCUGUGUGGCACGUGGUGCGAGGCUGCAUGGAAAAACAAAUGUUGAGUCAGAGGUUUUUUCACGUGUCUUUCCCGGUGUGCCACUCAUGGGUGUUUUUGGAAACGGUGAAAUUGGACUUGAUUGUGUGCCAACUGAUAUGCAGCGAUUGGAACCUGUGAGGGAGAAUUGCUUUCAUGGCUACACCACUGUAUUUGUUCUGCUGUCAUGGAGCAAAUGUCGAUAACUGAUUCUAUAAUGUGUUUGUCAAAGCAUGCGAGCACUUUUUGCUGUAGUGCCUCUCAUGGUGAACUUGCUCUGUACUAAAUGCUGAAUGAAAUGAACUCGUCUUACAUUGAAGAUCCUUCUUUGGUUGAUGCGGCCGCAUUGAGUGGUGGUGACAGCAAACACUGUUAUUGUGUUGAGCGGGUGCAAAAGCAGGCUGGUGCUGGGAGAAAAGAUGCCCUCUCUUGUUUUCCCUGCCCUCCUCUUUUUUUCCCACAUUGUUGUACCAUUUGCAUGAUUGAGUGCUUGGUACUUUUUAUUUUUUCUUGCCACCCUGCUUUAAGUGCAUAGUUACCCACGUGAAACAAGUCAUGCUCCUUGAGAAGUGGCACAUGUUCAAGGAUCUUGUUUCUUGUUCAUUUCGGUUGCUUCUUUUUCCUUGUUGUUUUUUAUUUUUUGUUAUGCUAUCUACUGUUGUAGAUUAUGGUUUAUGUGACCUUUUUGUGAAUGGAUUUAUGUCGUCUUGUUAAUUUCUUUAUUUUUUGUUAUACUAUCUGCUAAUGUAGGUAGUGCUCAUUGUGCGUUUUGUUGUGAAUAUACAGUUUGGAGCAAAAAUCUGUAUAGAGUCUUCCCCAGCAUCAGGAAAAAAAAUUCAUUUCUCCUUGUGGCAGCCAUGCAACAGGCAAUUUUCUCAGUGCAUUAUAUUAGUUGGACAGCUGCAUGCCUGCAUGCCUAGUUGGCAUCAUAUAUACAUUUGUUAAUUGUUUAUCAUGGCAUCUGCAGACUUUUGCUUGUGACUGUACACAAGUCUGUUGUUACGUAACAUUGUUCACCUACAAAUUUACGCUUAUUUAUUGUGUUAUUUUGUUUCUAGACACCUAGCAUAACAGGUACUCAUUUGAAGGCCUGCUAUCACAUUGAUAUUUGUAACGCAUAAUACGUAAACGCUUUGAACAGUGAAGGUUUUGUACCAUUACGUUCAGUUAUUUUCAGCUAUGGAUUUUUAAAUUAAAGUAUUGACAACAUUCAAGAUUUAUGUACUGAUGCUGGUUCUAAGACUGUUGCACAGUGUAUAUAAAUGCCUGCAAGGACACUGUUCGAUUUCAUUUCAAAUGAAUUUUCAAAGUUUCAGCAGUGGUUCUAUAUCCCUUAAGAGUUUUAAAACAACCACAUACUGGUUCCAUAAAUUGAGUAUGAGUAGAAUGCCCAUCAAUAUAGCCUCUACGUUACCUUUUUAUUCUUAACUAACAUAAGGCUUAUUGGUGGUAGCACCACUACAUAAACUGCAAUGAACUUAUUCUACACAGUGAGAAAGUGCGUUCUUUUUAAAUAUUACUUUUAAGAUGCAGGAUAUAAGAGCUCCUUCUAAUUUUAAGCAUGGUAUAUUAUGAGUGGACCAGCUUUACUAUUUCAAGCUUUCGCAACUAACUGGCCAAAACAAGCUUUAUGCGAAAAGUCGAGUAAAUUGGGGCUAUUGUCUAAACUUUCACAGAUUAUGCUAGACAAAAAUACAAACUGAAUAUGGAGGACAGAAGAUGACAUAUUAAAUACCUUAUGUAUUGAACAUGCCUGAAGGAAAAUUAAACUUCAGUCAGUUUUAGGACUAAUAUUUAAACUCCAUGGAUUGAAAAUUAAGCUUGUGCCAAAUGUUUGAUGUUUUGAAAUAUUAUGAAUUCAAUAUUUGCUUUGGAUCAAGUUUUGGUAUUGCAAGCUUUUGGAGUGUUCGAAAUUAAUGUAUUUUUUCAUAUGGAACCACCCUUUCAGGCGGCAUUCACACUGCUGUGAAGCCACAUGUCACGGUGAAUUUUGCAUAUUAUAAAUCUUUUAAAAUUUUGGAAUGUUGUAUAUGUGCAACCUAUGCUAAAAUUUAAGACGUAUCAUAUCUUACUGCAUAUAAGCCGCACCACCAUUUAUAAUGAACCAGAAACCAAAAAAAAAUUCUUUUAAUCUGUAUAAGUUGCCAAAAUAACUGCGUAUGAUUAAUGUUGCCAGGAUCAUAUUUUGGGGAAGUGGAUGGUUCUACACCUCCCUGUAUGUGUGUGCAUGCAUGUAUGUAUUCUUACCUAGUGUAUGUUAUAUAUACAUACAACGGGUGUAAAAAAAUUUUGGGUAGUGAUUGAGGUUGAAUACUCCUAAAGCCUCUUUCACUGACUACUUUACAGGGGCCCUGCAACACUUUUUCGGCAUGGUCAGAAAAUGCUGCCAAUCGGUAGUCGAGGCUCCCGAGAACACACGAGCCAAACAUUAUAGUGCAGCACAUGGCCUGGGAUUUACAAUAAGUUCUCAAAGUCAGCAAAAAAUCGCUUCCUCUUCUCUCGACAAGUAAUGCUAUUGACUCAAAAUCACUGCGUCGCCGACUCAAGUUCCACGCCUUUGGGUGAUUUGAACAUGGUGCACUUGGUAGUUACUGCAGCCACCGCGGGAGGCCGUCACCUACCCGUGUGCGCGCGCGAUUGCACUGAAAGUAUGUCGCGUGUUCGAAGAAAAAAAGAGAUAAAGAAAACGUGCUUAAGGUCACGAGGUGCGCGUGACGUGCCUUCUUCUCCCAUGCCGCCCCUCCCUGCUUAGCUUCCAGCGCUUUCGUGGGGACGAGAGGAGAGAGAAAGCAAUUAUAGUGUGCAACGAAUCUUUGUAACUCCGCUUGUACUUUAUGAAUUCUAAAAUUUUUUACGGUGGUCGAUUCGUGAGGAAAUAAGCUCCUUCAGUGAAGCCAUUCGAUGGCUACUUGGAAAAGUGUUGCAGGGCUCCUUUAACGGUUUCGGACACUGUAUCUGGCUCGACUUUUCAAACAUAUCCACGCAUGACAUUGUUAAGAAUGGUUGUGUACCCCAUACUGUCCCAUUCGCUGGUGAAGUUGUUGUUCAUAUUCCCAAGAGCUGCAAGUCUGCUGCAAAUAGAUUUGCUUUGACACGCACCAAACUGUAAAUUUGUUGAAGUCAUGCGGCCAAAGCAGCACUAGUUAGGCCUAACAGCUAGCAUGGACGCACCAGCGAACAGCAGCGUGUUGUGGGAUGUUUGCCACUCAGUGGUGAUUGGGCCCGAGAUCAUGCACACAAGCCAGACUGAGGGCCGUAAAAGUGAGAAUCAAGCCUAUGAAGUUUGUCUGUGCACUUGAAGAGAAAAGGGCUCAGCUUGCUUGUAGAGAGGAACCAUAGUGCCAGCGGAACAUAGCGUAAAUUGCUUGUGUUGUGCAGUUAAUGUUGUACAUCACAGCAUCGCAAUGAGCCAUGAGAGGUGGACAUUAAAUGUUCUUGUCACCACGAGGCUCAGCCACCACGAAAUAUAAAGCACGAAAUAAAGCACAAGAGUGACCCUGUAAACAGUUUCUAUGUUGCUACAGUUGUAAGAUAUGUAGAACUUGCAUUUUUGCAUGAAAGUAUCUGAUUUUUAAACUAACUCCAUGAUUUAAACCAUUAUUCUUUUGGCAAAUGAUGAAGAAAUCUUUAAUCUCAGAUUUGUCAAGAUGUGGCACUUGUGUCAAGUAUUUUAUGCAAAUCUCACUAUUCAAGCUGUUUGCAUUGACUUUGCUUCAAACCAAAAAAAGAAAAUGAUAUUUGCAGAAGCCUAUUAAAAAUUUAGUCAUUCCCAAAUUAGAGUGCUCAUAAUUUUUGUGGCUUUGUGUCUUUAUUUUUAAUAUAUUGAUGUGUGUAUAUACAUAUUUUUAUUUGUGUAUAUGUAUAUGUGUAUAUAAAUACCUGUGUGCUUUGCAAUAAAGUUUCUGUAUGAGUGACUACAAGGG